UAAACGUACUGUUGUUAAAAUGAAGCGAGAAGUUUUACUAAUGGUCCUAAUUUCUUAUGCCGUGGCUCAGCUUAUCCUCAGACCAAUCAAAGUAAUUAACGUGGAAAGCCUGGUAGACCUGCACGCUAAACUAAAAGAUGCUGGUGACAAGCUGGUGGUGAUCGGGUUCCUGCCAAGAGCUUGCCCACACAGCGUGAAGAUCACUCCGCAGUUCGAGAAACUGGCGCUGCAGUAUUCUCACUUCGUCGUAUUUUUAAGAGUGUAUGAAGACCACGAUGACAUUUUUAUCGAGUACAACGUGAAGUCGGUGCCGGCGUUCGUCUUCGUCAGGAAGGCCGAGCAGCUGAGCAGGCGCGCAGGCAACAUCGAUGAUAUUGUGAGUGUAAUAGAGUCGGUGAAGGCAGAAGAUCAACUACUUAACAGUCUCAUUACGAUACAGAAUUUGGACACAGGGGGCGUAUUAUAUGACGUCGAAUGUCACGACGACAUGAAAGGGCGGCUCACAGAAGCGAAGGAUAAGCUGGUGGUGCUAGCGUUUCUACCUAGCUACUGCCCUCACAGCUACAUGAUGAUACCAGAAGUACAGGAGCUUGCUAAGAAGUAUGCUAAGACGACCUCAUUCCUUAGGAUCAAGGAAGACCAUGAUGACAUAUAUGAGAUAUUUGGCAUACACACAGUACCGACAUUUAUCUUUAUGCAAAAUAAGAAGAAACUCUUGGUGCGCACUGGGACCAGCGUCAAACAACUUGCGGACAUAUUGGAGGCUGUGCUAACUGGCGACUACACUUCGACGACAACCACCACACAAGCACCAUUGAGCCAUAUAAUCGACAUAACCAGCCCUCAACACCUGAAUGAAACGAUGGCCACGGCCGGCAACAAGCUGGUGAUCCUCGCGUUCAUGGCUAAGUGGUGUUCUAAAUGUAAGAAAAUCGCUCCCAAGAUUGAAGCCAUGGCGGACGAAUACUAUGGCACUGUCAUGUUUUUAAAGAUCGAUGACCAUACCAAAACCAAAGAGCUCUACAAGGAAUACAAUAUCCAACGCGUUCCGACGUUUGUCUUCCUACGGAACUCCAAAAAGCUCAACCAGUACGAGGGCACGUGGUCCGAAAAAAUCAGGACUCGUAUAGAACUGCAAGAUUUUCUAAAUCUGUGAUCAAGAAGAAGUACCUACCGAGCGAAAGUGGACUUAAUAAUUGUAAUGCAUUUAAUUGUUGCUGAAAAAAGUUUUUAUGAAUAAAAGAUUGUCAUUUAUUUC